GUAACUUUUAUUUACUUCCGAGUAGGACUGGAGAAAUGGCGGGUGUUUGCAGCGAUACAAUGGAUGAUUUGGAGGAUGGAGAGAUUUCUGGAUCAAACUCUGAUUCAGAAAUGGGAUCCACAGUUGAUGUUAAACCCCAGGUAAGGAGAUAAUUCAUUUAGACGUUCUUAAACAUGAGCAAUAUGGAUUGUUUGAUUCUGCAAAGUGGGAAUGGAAGCAAACAUUAGCUAAAGCUAGCUAACGUUAGCUACGUUCGCGACGCUAGCUUUGCAACGUAGCUACAGCACAAAUUGAAGAACAGUCUUUAGUUACAGCUUGCUAGAGGAGCACGUCGUCCACAAAGACUGCUGUAGUUUUUUUUGUUUCAAGUCUUAGUGGUCCUAGUGCAAGUGUGUGCUACAUUUAGCUAGCUAGCUAGCUAGUUCGCGUUGCUAUGGUGUGGACACUGUCAAGCUAAUUUCUGACUCUGCUGCACGUCAUCUAAUCUCGGUUAUCUAGAAGUAAUUCUCGAAAAAUGGUCACUUCACAUGAAUCUGUCCACAAGAGAUUACAUGUCAACUAACGUUAAUCAGAGGGGCCUACUACUUUGCUAUUAAAACCUGUUACAUUUUUUGUAAAAAUGUACAUACCCAAAAGUAAUUAUUUAUCACGAGGGCCAUAAACAAUACCUAGUAAUACUUAUACUGCCAGAAAUAUUAAAAUCUCACCUUUCUGGUAUAAAUUGUUAUAAAUUGCUGAGGUAGUCACUUUUCAGGACACAAAGUACACAGUAAAAAUGAUACAAAUAUGAAAAUUCAUACAUUGUUUUCCUAUUCCACAAAAGUGGGGGAAUAGGGCUUGAAAUGAUUGAAAAGCUUUCUAAAUAUAGUAAGACAUUUAUUUAGAAAUGACUUACUAUAAUAUUUCACCUUUCUUAUAACUUUAAAAUAGAUAUGAUCAUACAUGGUGACAGUACAAAAUUAGCACCAUUUCAUAUAACUAGAGAGCAUUUUCUGCCCAGUGUCCUCUGAGCAAAGUGGAGAUGCCAGCUGACUCUUUACAACUUCAGCUUUAAGGGAUUUCAUCCCUCUGUGACGAAGAGAAAGUGGUCUUGUUUAAAUUCUACAAAAAAAAAUUUUUUAUGUUGAGUGCUCUAAAUCCAUCUGAGAACAUCACUGUGAGAUUAAACUCUAGGGUCUCCUGUUUCAUAUGCCGUAUUGUAAGCAGAGCUGCGAGGUUCACAGGCAGAGGAAAUUGAUCCUUUGUCUGGAUAGGCCAGAAAAUGUGACAUGUCACUCCUUAUGCAAGUGAGGUGUCAGAUUUAACAUACUGCAUCUCAGAUGAGAGCGGAGAACGGCAUGUGAAACAGGACCACCAAAGCAUUCACGGAGUGCACAAAAAUGUAGGUCAGAACUGGUCCAGAACCGGUCAAAGUCCCCUAAAUAGGGGACUUAACGUUUAAGACGUUUUUGAAUGGCCUUGUAUAAUUUACUUUGUGCACGAUUGUUUAUUUUAAUCACUUGUAUAGAUUUAAAAGGCUUUGUCAUUCUGACAUCUGAAAAUGAUCUGACAGUCUUCUCUUCUCUUACCACCUAGAUGCCUGCAGCAGCUCCUACUUUCAGUGGCCAGUCUUUCCAGAGCAGGGCCCUUCCACAGACAGCCCCGUCAGCCACAAGCUACCGCAGCACCAUGAGAACCGCAGACUCCAGCGAUAGCGAACCAGACUCUGAUGAGGACGCAGCGGUGUGGAGGCGGAAGCGGCAGAAGUGCUCCAACGCUCCCCAACCUGCUCCGGUCCCCACUCCCCGCUUCGUAGCCCCCCAGGCUAACCCGGGUGCACCAGGCGGCCGCAAAGUCAACAACAUCUGGGGCUCUGUGGUUCAGGAGCAGACCCAGCAGGCAGUGGAAGCUGAGCUGGAUUUCCUUGGUGUGGAUGGUGCCAUUAGCAUGGCCAGCAGGCAGGUGGAGACCUACAACUACGUCCUGGCCCGCAAGCUCAUGGAGAAGGAGAGGGAGGAACAGGAGCCGGGCGAGGUAGCCAUGUUGGACACUCAGCUGGACGAGUACAUGAAGCGCGGCGGGCCAGCCGCCGAAGAGAAUGGAGGCGGCCAUUUUAAGAGGAAGCGAUCGGCCAAAGAGAGGCUGGGCCCCAGGGCUGAGAUGGACAUCAAGGGCCGGUAUGAGAUCACAGAGGAAGACCCAGACGACCGGGUGAUUGAAGAGAUAGCCCACAGGUGAGCUGGUUGGUUGGAGUAUCUCGGCUAUGUAAUAUUUGGCCAUAUGAAAUGUUUGGCUUGCCAUGCGGGCUAAAUACAAUGUCAUUAUUUUCUUCUUUCCACAGUGUCAACGAUAUCACACAGUCGUACAAUAACCUCAUACUAACUUGCGGAUCCCUUUUCUCCCCUCAAGGCUACAAGAGCCCAAAAAGGAAUUGAUUGAGCGAAUAGUGAGAGUCAUUGGGAAGAAGAAAGCAAUUGAACUGCUUGGAGAGACUGCCACACUUGAGGAGACUGGUGGUGUGUACACUAUGGUAUGCAUCUGUUCUCGUUUCAGUUUAUAUGAGAUAGAUAUAGCUGAGUUAAUUGACAACUCCUGUUAUAUGAUAUCCAUAAUGUCCCAAUUCUCGUCGCAAUUAAUCAACACUUGUGUAACUGCAUGCCUUUCUAAACAGAUUUGAAUUAGAACCCUUAUCCUAGACUGGUCUGUAACCACUUGUUAAGUCUGUGUGAAAUUAUUUGCCAAUUUGGUAUGUUCACCUCACUGUAGGAUGGCAGCAGGCGACGGACUCCUGGAGGGGUGUAUCUCAACUUGCUGAAGAACACUCCCAGUAUCACUAGUGAGCACCUCAAGGUAUGACACUUUUGAGACUGUAAAAUCAAGUGGCUUUUCAUGUACUUCUCUAAUCCCGUCCACUGAAUCAGUGUAGGCCUAUAUUUUUUCUGUUCUCCCCAUAUGCACACACUACAUUUUAAUAAUGUAAUUUCUGUAAACAUGUAAUUUUUUUAACAGGAAAUAUUUUACGACGAAAUCCAGAAGGACUACAAGGGCAAGAAGUCAGCGCAGAAGCGAAGGCGACACGUUGUCGCCAAGAAGAUGAAGCAGGCCAUCAACACGCUGAACCUGCAGGAACACGACGAUGUCUCCAGAGAAACGUUCGCCAGCGACACCAACGAGGCCUUGGAGUCUCUAGAGGUGGUUGCCGAAGAGGAGGGCCAACAGGAACCGGAGCCAGAGCCAGAACCUGCCAUGGGCACUGAGGACACACCCGUAGUCUACAACGCUGCUGACCUGGAGGUCUUUUGAUUCAAAAUGACAGCCCAGUGUCUGAACUUGUGCACUUCCCAAUGAGGACGUCCCACAAGGUUGUGGCAUCCACUGUGACAGACGGACGCUGCUCAGACACAAAAUGGUGAAUGCACUGUAAAUUACUGUCCACGACAGCGCUAUGUAAUACUAGACCUUCAUCCUCAUGUUAGUCUAACAAAUUAAGUUUUCCUCUUUAUCUGUCAGUUGAAGACCAAAGUUUGCAUCAGGAUUUGUUCGCGUUAGCAACGUGCUUACAGAGCAGCUAGUUACUAACCACAUAUACCACCUGACUAAUUUCAACAACAGAAAAAGUUUUUCUCCAUAAAUGGAUACCAACCCCUCAUAUUUGCGUCCUGGAAAGCAUAAGAUUUAGUUUGGCUUCUUUACUAAUGCUCUGUUUGUCCACAAUAAAGAUGUAAGGUGAAAAUAUGUCACGUAAGGAAUGGCUACUUGCUGUCUACUGUAUAUGUUUAUAGGGGGUUUUGUUUGUGCACUAGUUGGAUUGAACAGGAUCUCUGAGUGUUUGUCAUGUACAGGGGAACUGCACUAAGACCAAUCCUUAGAAGACUUGAGUAAGAUCAAAUCCGUUUUGAGAAUUUUCUUUAAAUACAAUUUAUGUUGGUUCCACCCUUUUUUUUUGGAUAGAUUUGAUCACAAGCCAGUGAUGUUGAGUGUUAUGAAAAAUGCAUGCAUCUUCAGAGAACCCAAGGUCUGUUUAAUUAGUUUGAGACUCUUUCGGUUAUGUUGCAUUGUGAGAUAAAGCACUAAAUUACUCCAGUUUCUUAACCCAUUGCCUUUUUUCCCCCCGUCUCUGGAUGACAUCUAGGAAAAAAUCAGUUUUGUGUUUCAACACAUUCCUUAUAGAAAAUAGGGACAAUUGCAAAAUAUUAUUAAUCUCUUUCAUUGUCCACCCUUUGCUUUAAUACAGUA